GCGGAAAUCACGUGAUGGUGUUUGAUUGGGCGGAAUAUGGAACCUUGAAGCAAGUUUACGAGCGACAAGAGAUUGACUGGAACAAGAAGCUCAUCAUCGCACGUGACAUAUGUAGUGGUCUUGUCUAUUUACACGCCUGUCAGAUCCUUCAUCACGACAUUCGUUGCGAGAGCAUAUUGGUCGUUGAUACGGCAGGAAGCUUGGAUGCCAAGAUCGCCAAUUUUGACCUCAGUCGCGAAGAGAACGCACAGAGCCGCGAGAUAAAAUCACUUGCCGAAUUGCUUCCUUGGUUAGCGCCGGAAAAGAUGCGAAAUAAAAGGAUUCCUUAUGAUGUCAAAUGUGAAACUUACAGUUUCGGGAUGCUUCUCUGGGAGCUCUGUCACAGAAGGAUACCAUACGCCGCUUGGAAGGGUGAUACGAACAGGAUUCAAAUGCACGUGUUAGAUGGCAACCGGGAAGAAAUAAAAUUUGGACUCUGUACCGGUAUUAAAUCUUGUUUUAAAAAAAUAAUCGUAAAGGCUUGGAAAGAUGAUCCCAUGACUCGACCGUUGCUGCAAGAAAUAUUAUAUGAUUUACAAAUUUUGUGCGAAAGAUACUCUCCAACUUUGCCACCCCAACGACCCAACGACGAAGAAUUAUUCGAAUCCCAGAUGAAUGUUAAAGAAGACCUCGAUGAUCUUGAGGAUGACGAAUUUGACGUAGAUGAAAUAGAGCCGAUUAUUUCACUGGAAGAAGGACUGCGAGCUCACCAGCAAAAGAAACAUGACAUAGCAUGGAAGUGUUUUGAUGCAAACGCAAAGCUUGGGAAUUCGAGGGCAAAAUACUGGAAAGGGUAUUAUUACCACGAGGGUUAUCAUGUAAAAGAGGAUAAACGAAAGGCCAUGGAACUUUUCAAGGAAGCAGCUGACGAGGGUGUGCACGAGGCGCAACUUCGUUAUGCGUCCACCCUAAUUAAAUUGGAUCCUACGGCCACGAAAGAAUUUUUAGAAUAUCUGACUCGAUCAGCAGUCAAUGGGAACCCAACGGCUCGAUUCAAUUUAGGUAACGUUUAUUAUCAAGGAAAAUUCGAUAUACCGGUGGACAAAAAGAAGGGACUCAAAUAUUUAAGGUUGGCCGCGGCCAGCGACCACCAGAAGGCCCUAAAAAUGCUUCGAGACAAUGACGAAGACAUUAAUGAAUAA